CGGGUUGGUGCUUUAACAACCAGUCUAAACACGGGGAGCGAAGCAAGCUUAGAUCAAGCACUCCGGUGGGUUGAGAACUGUCUGUCCAACCAUCCAUUAUGCAACAAGGUUGUCAAUGAGAACUCACAAGGGAAAUAUCCUGCCCGGUUCCUUGAUGUAGGAUGUAGGAGCAGCCGUACGGUUAAGCUUACAGAAACUACCGGAAUGGACUUUCAGAAGCAAAGAUACAUGACACUAAGUCAUUGCUGGGGCGAUUCAGUACCGGCUCGUCUUCUCCUGGACAACUAUGCCUCCCGGUUGAAGGGGUUCGCGCUCGACGAGUUACCAAGGACUUUCCAGGAUGCAAUUCUACUAACUCAAAGGCUGAACGUACAGUUCUUGUGGAUCGACUCCCUGUGUAUCAUUCAAGACUCGUUUGACGACUGGGAAGCAGAAUCUGCCAAGAUGCGUUUUGUUUACCAGAACACGUACCUCAAUCUAGCCGCCGCUGUGUCGCCAAACUCCAGCGGAGGCUUCUUCUUCCCAAGGCACCCCCUAUCAUUCGUACCCUGUGCCAUAAAGCUAGCUCCGAACAUCAUCCUAGCACAGGGGCAGCGCUCGUAUAAUAUAAGAGAUACACCUAUUCUAUAUACAAGAGGCUGGGUUUUCCAAGAGCAAAUCUUGCCGCGCCGUACCCUUAUUUCUGGGCGACAGGAGCUGUACUGGGAUUGCUCUAUGAGCAAAACAAGCGAAUUCUUUCCAGAUUCAGUCCCAUGGGCGCGUUCAGGGAGUGGGGUGGUUAAUUCUCCUCCAAUGGAGUUAUUUAAACGCGAGCGGCUUCUUGACGCUCAACGACUGGAGGCCUGGGCAUCGCUGGUCAGUGACUACUCCGGUAGGAAACUUACCAAGCAGUCAGACAAACUUGUGGCCAUCUCGGGUCUCGCAGAGCAUUUGCGCAAUGGAUGGGAUGGCGUUACCUACCUUGCCGGCCUAUGGUCCUACCGUCUUCGAGGGAGCCUUUUGUGGAAAUGUCUGGAUGUUAAACAGAGCAAAGGACGAAAUACUGAUAUAGCUCCUUCCUGGUCUUGGGCUUCAUUGAGCGCCAAAUGUGAAUUACCUAGGAUAUGGAGCUACGUGAAACAGGAGAUGGACAGCCUUGCUGAAGUCUUAGAGGCUAUAGUCUCUCCAGUCACACCAACACACUUGUUUGGCCAAGUACUGAGUGGCGGAAUGGUCAGGAUUAGAGGCCCAUUGUUACGAGCUAGUUGUCCUGCGAUCAACACGACUUUGCAACCAGAGUGGAGAUGCGAUCUGGGUGGUAUGCGGGCUUUACUACCAGAUCUGGAACUGUCGUGGGAUGAACAAGAAUCCCAUAAGUCAGGGAUUAUUUACCUUGCGCCUCUCCAAGUUAAGUUCAACAAGUGGCCAUCUUGGCACCUUGAGGGACUAUUUUUGAGGCCCGCGCUGACAUCUCCGUUGAGGAAAGGAAAAUUCGAAAGACUGGGAGUGUUCAAGAUGUUUCAAGAGAUUGAUCUCGCGAACCAGGACCACUUGGGUCUCUAUGAUGCCCUGUUUGAGAGAUUGAUGUUCGAUACCUCUAGCAUCGAUCGACUUUCUUUAAGCCUGAUUUGUGGGCUUGAGGAAGAGAGGAUGAGCUUACUGAGAUCUGAUCCGUAUCUAAACGGCCCAUUGAAUACCAAGCUGAAAGACCGUUACUCUCCUGAGCUUGAGCCUGAGCAGUACCUCAAUCUUGCGAAGUUCCUUGACUACUUGGAAACAGCAGCGCAAUACAAUCGGGAGAGCGACAACCCGGACGAGAAUUUGGGACAAGAUGAAGGCAAUGGGUUCUAUGUAUACGAGAUAGUGUAA